CACCGCGCGAACAUUGUGAAUCGGUGGUGUAAAGAUGCCGAUUUUAGCACUAGACGUGAAAACAGUAAAGUUAAUUACUACCACACAAAUAAUAACAUCUGUAUACGCCGUGGUGAAGGAAUUAGUAGAAAAUGCGAUUGAUGCUGACGCAGACAACAUCGAAAUUAACCUAGUAGACAACGGUACGUCUUUAAUAGAAGUGAAGGACAAUGGUUACGGCAUAUCUAAGGAAGAUGUUCCAUAUAUGGGAUUACCAUCCUACACAUCGAAAAUAACCAAUUUCGAGGACCUAGAUGCAUUACAAACGUUUGGAUUCAGAGGAGAAGCGCUUAGCGCACUAUGUGCAGUAGCAGAAGUCACCAUUAUAACAAAAACAGAAGAGGAUAAUGUUGGAACUUUGUAUGUAAUGACUCAUGAUGGACAGAUUUUAAACUGUGAAUCUUGCCAUAGAAGUACAGGAACUACCGUACAAGUAAGAAAUUUAUUUAAGCAAGUGCCUGUGAGGCGGCAAAUAAUUACUAAUGUGAAGAAAACUAAUCAGUCUAUCAAAUUACUGGAAAAUUUAAUGCAGUGCUUUGGAAUAUGUAAACCAAAUGUACGAAUACAAUUCAGAGUAAACAACAAUGUUACAUUUACAAAGCCAAGUCUAAAUAAUAUUAGAGAAGCUAUAAGUUAUAUACUUGGCAGAAAAAUUAUGUCCAACAUGGAAUGGAUUGAAUCUAAAAAUGCAGAGAUUACUUUGCAAUUAAUGUUGCCUUCAAAAAAAGUACAGGAUUUAUCAGAAAUUUCUAAUCCGGAUUUACAAUUUAUUUUUGUAAAUAAUAGGCCUAUCAAGCACAAAGAUCUUGAAAAGCUAGUAAAUAGUCUGAUAUUAGAACAUUUUGAACAAGAGUCAUGUAGAAAGAAAAUAGUAUUUCUUAUGUACAUUACUUUGAGGCCAAUGGAUAUUGAUGUUAAUUUAGAACCAAAUAAAGAUGCAGUUUUUUUUAAAGAUCAGAAUAAAGUCCUUAAUACUGUAGAUAAUUGUAUUAAAAAAUUUUAUGGACUUAAAUAUGUGGAAGUCAUUGAACAAGAAAACGUGUUUAAUGACACAUCUGUCUGUUAUGAAGAUUAUUCACCUCGUUUGAAUAAAAAUGUUGCUGAGCCUGUGUGCAAAAAACGAAAAAUACAUGCUCAAGAGAAACAUAUUCAAGAAGAUAUUGUCAAAGAGAAGUCAAUACUUGCUAAUAACAGUAAGGAACAUGGAAAAUCUCCUCAAGAUAGUCCGAUUCAUGAUCAGCAACAUUAUAAAGAUGCAUUGGCUUUAACAACCCAUAUACAACCACCGAAUUUGAGUGAUUCUGAUUCAAAUGAUACUUUUCCUAUUACAAUUCCGGCUAAUGAUAAGGCAAAGGGAGACUAUUUAACUUUAAGUCAAUUACCUGUAGUAGACCUUGGUGAAGAUUUCGAUUUUGAAAAAAUUGAAGACUGCAAUGUUUCCAAGAACGAAAAAGAGGUAAAAAUAAACAUACAAGAAAAGACAGAAAUUACAUUGGAAACAUGGAGCAAGGGACAUGUCAAUGGCAUCAAGGGUGGUACAGAUAUAAUAUCGGAUAUUGCUAUUCAGAGACAAGUAAAUGAAAAGAUUGAUGAAACACUAGAACCAGAAAGAACACACGUUGAUCAUAAAGAUCUUAAAUUUCUAAAACAUGUUAGAUUACAAGUUACAAAGGAUAAUCCUAAAUUAACGGUAGCUCAAACAGCAAAAAAAAUUACAAACUUCUGGAAGGAACUGUCAUCGGAAGAGCGUGGUUAUUAUCGUGAUAUUGCAAAGGAAGAAGAAAAAGAACAUCAGAGAUAUAAAAAGAUGGAAAAACCCGAUGCGAAUAAAGUAGACUUAGAUAAAAAUAAAGGCAGACUUUUACAGUUGUUUGAAAAAAUGAAAAAUACGAGAAACGAGAGGAAAGAAAAGUUAAAUAUGAGGACGAUAGUACCUUGGAGCAUCGACAGAAUUAAGAUAAUCACAAGAUCAGGUUUUGAAAGUGCGCACAUAAUAGGUCAAUUGACAUCUAACUUGUGGGUUGCCACAAUUUGUGAACAGAUUUGGAUUGUAGACAUUCCUGGUCUGAUCAAAGGUUUGAAAGUUACUGAUAUUGAUGCAGAUAAGAUUGAUGUCAAGAGAAUCGAACGUCUUCUUAAGCAAUGGUUAGUAGAGCGAGAUGAUAUGUCAGUAAUGUACUCUAUAUAUAAAUUCUCAAGAAAAACGUAGAUACUCAUAUAUUUCUACAAUUUAUGUAAGAUAUUUUUCAAAUUAUUUAAGAAGUAAUUUAUAAUGUCACAUGUACAAUAUUUUUAAUUAUGUAAGCCAUAUAAAAGUAUAUACGUAUAAUGAAAAACGACUGUAAACACAACAGAUAAAAAAUUACAAAUAA